UAAGUUCUAACCCACACUACCCAAAGGAAAGUUUCAUAAUUUUUCCGCCAUGGGAACCCGAGCUUUGUUUGUCAUCUUAUCUGCUGCGCCGAAGCAGUGCUUCGUCUUCGAGGGCGGGAUCAAAACCCGAAAUUUCAGUUAUUUUCCUUCUUCUUCAGCACUCCAUUUCCACAGACAAUGUAGAAAAACCCACCAAAUUGCUGCGAGUUCUUCCGCUCUUCAGCCGCCGGACGUGUCUCGUUUGGCGGAGACUGCUCGAAUUUCUCUCACCGAAGCAGAGAUCGAAGAGUUUGCUCCCAAGAUUCGGCAAGUUGUAGACUGGUUUGGUCAGCUUCAAGCAGUUGAUGUAAACAGUGUUGAACCAGCAAUUAGAGCAGAGAUGGAAAGUGGAAAUUUGCGUGAGGAUGUGCCUGAAACAUUUCAGAAUAGGGACAAGAUUAUAACUUCCAUUCCAAGCUUUGAGGAACCAUAUCUAAAAGUUCCCAAAGUAAUAAACAAGGAGUAAUUUUUUUCAUGUAUAGUGUGCUCGGAUUCAACGAACAUCAUGAACCCUCAAAGCAUAUUCUCUUCUGGAUGUUCAAAGCAAAUCUAUAUCUGCAAAUUUGUGUCAUCACUUCAAGUCAUUGUUACAGAACUUUGGCAACUUGAAGCAAAGUCAUCUCAGAUUUGUAUUCACCAGUACUUUGUUUCAAAAGCAUAAACAAAAGAACUGGAGAUGAUUUCUCUGUUAACUUGUAUGAAAUCCAGACAAGGGUUUAUGCUUUUAGGCAUAAAUAGUUGUUUUCAACUUCAAGAGACACAAAGUUAACACACA